CCAGCGCCUUGCGAUGUGAGCUCAUGCACUUGUCAUGUCGUCGUCGGUCUGCAGAGAGGAACGCGGCAAAGGGCUGCUAGCGCUAGCUCGGUCGCUGUCUCCUCAGGGAUGCCUAUCGAGAGCAUAGCCAGUCUGGGGACGAGCAUCACUGCAGAGGAGUAUGCAGACCUCACGAGAACGACGCCGAGCGACUUUGCGAGCCUGCCACCGGUAAGACACUGGCAAGGGCAAGCCUUGAUCUGCUUUGUGCCCUCUUUGCCGAGUUUUGCAAGCGCAGGCUGGUCACAAGGCGUGCUCUCCGUCACAGAACAUGCCUUGCUGUUCCUGUCAGAAAGCUCGACGGGCGUCAGGCUCACUUAUCCCGUCAUCUCGCUCCAUGCCAUCUCGCCCAAGUGUACCAUACCGCUGCCUGACUCAGCACAAGAGAGCGAGAGGCCAUGCAUCUACUGUCAGAUCGACGAAAGUGAGGGCAGAGACGAAGAAGAAGAAGACUCUGAGCAAAGGGAGCUUUACAUCUUGCCACAAGAUGCCAGCCAGACCGAGGCAAUCUUCGCUGCACUAUCGCAGUGUGCUUCAUUACAUCCUGCGCCCUCAGAACAGCAAACGCCCUCUUUACCGUUCCAUCUCGACAAUGACGCGCAUCUCAACGGCGACCGCCCAGAGUGGUCAGGCCCGAUACAAGACGACGCUGAGCUCACACAGGCCGGCAGAACGCAGAUGAACAGACUGGAGGCACUCGUGGACUGGUCGAGCCUCAACGGUGAUGCGCAUCACGUAGAACGCGACAAUCCAGAUGCUGUCGAGGAUGCGCCAGAGCGGUAAUCGCCAUGCAUGCAUUGCUCUGUCACAUUGCAUCUGGCAUCCGUACCGAGCACUCUGCUGCGAAUCGCUCAUUCGACUGUAUGGAGACCAUCAGCCACAUUGAACAAGCUUUGCAUCGUACGCACUGGUGUGAUAGCCGGACUGACGGAGCUUGUAAC